GGUGCUUGCUUGCGAGAUUGAGUCCGUUCGACAACAAUCGGAGGAAGACUCGUUAAUGGUCUGAUCUUCUCGGAACACUUUCGAAUUCCAAUUGGAACGACGCAGGGAGCAGCUCGUGCCGGGAUUCGGCGCCGCGAGUUCCCAUCGCAGAGAAAGAGAAAAACUACUAGCAGGGAGAAUGAACAGAAGUUACAAGCCCACCACGCUGAAGUGUUUGGAUAGGGUGGCGGUGGAAGUGAAGAGUAAGUUUGGGGCAGAAUUUCGAAGAUUUUCCUUAAGCCGCUAUAAACCUGGAAAAUUUGAUGAAUUCUACAAUCUGAUCAUUCAUAUGCAUAACAUUUCGAACAUGGAUAUAUUAAUUGGAUAUGCUGAUGUCCAUGGUGACCUGCUGCCAAUCAACAAUGAUGACAACUUCUGCAAAGCCAUUUCCAUGGCAAACCCAUUGCUAAGGAUUUUUGUACAACGAAAAGAAGAGGUUGACUACAAUCUCUUUGGCACAGAUUCAUUGACGCGAAAGAAAAAGCCUUUGGGAGGUCUCCGUAAUGAUACCCUCCGAAAACGAGUUCAACUCAGCAUUAGUAUUCCUCAAGACUUCAGGCCUGUUUCUUCAAUCAUUGAUGUAGAUAUUCUGCCUGAAACUCACCGGAGGGUCCGAUUAUACAAGCAUGGAUGUGAAAAACCUUUGGGGUUCUACAUUCGAGAUGGCACAAGUGUGAGAGUGACAGCUCAUGGACUAGAAAAAGUUCCAGGUAUCUUCAUCUCACGGCUUGUACCUGGUGGUUUAGCUGAAAGUACAGGCCUCCUUGCUGUUAAUGAUGAAGUCCUCGAGGUGAACGGGAUUGAGGUGAUGGGUAAAACACUUGAUCAAGUUACAGACAUGAUGAUUGCCAACAGUCACAACCUUAUUAUUACAGUAAAGCCAGUGAACCAGAGGAACAAUGUCAACCGCAGCAGUCGUAUGUCUGGUAGCUCUGGCCAUUCCAAUGACAGUACAACCAGUCAUCAUAGUCUGCCCUCUGCUCAUAUCGUGCAGAACUAUAAUCCUGAAGAUGAAAGUGAUGAGGAGGCUGACAUCAUUAUUGAAGGUUGUAGUGAACCACAGAGCAUUCUGUUUAAAUCACCAUCUUCCUCGUUCACCAGUUCUCAAAAUAACCUGAGUCAGAGACGGCAGAAGGAGCUGCCACUGAAUGGCUCCAUUAGAAAAAGUAAUGGAAGUAUAUAUAAAACAUUGAGUGCAAUCAAAGCUGAGGCAAGACAUAGCCUAGCUUUCAGUAGAGGAGGCAUUGAAGAGGAUGGAACAGUGAUUACACUUUGAAAUUUUGGUCUGGAUUGAUGUAAAGUGCCAGCAGAGAAGCUCAAACAAUAGAGAUGUGUUGUUUUUUUUUAAAUCGCAAACAUAUUUUGGGAACAUUUCCCUUGUUUACUGGAAUUCCGUACCUUGCAGGAUGUUCUUUUGAUUGCCUUUGUUGAGGCUAAAACUAUUAUUCAGAUAUAAUUAGUAAGUGGAUUUAAGCAUAGAAGCUUAUUUUAAAUGAUAGGAAAGCCUUUAACAAACUGUGUAUCAAAAGUAUGACACCAAAUUACCUUUAAACAAAAUCAUGGCGAUAACCUGUGAGCAAAAAUGAUUGUGUUGUGUAGCACCACUUGCUUGGAUGUAUUUGUUGCAAUAAUUAUGGAAGACAAAUUUACUUAUCUUAGAUUCUUCAAGUAUCAGCCUGGUCCAGGACUUGGCAGCUGUUUAUCAAUGCAUAACCAAUGAAUUCUAGAUUGUUUAAAAUAAUUUUAAAUAGAUGAUGUAACACUAGAAACUAAGAAUUGGAGAAUUAUCUACUUUAGUUUAGAAUUUGCCAACACAUCCAAUCCCAUAUGCAAUCGCCCAUGUUUGUAUGUUUUAUUGUUUGACUGUUUGGAAUUUAGAUGCUGAAGAUAUUGAGAAUACAUGUAUAGUACAUCUUUAGAAAAACCCUUUUGGAGCUGAAAAUAAUAUUGCUUUAUCAGCAAAUUAGAAACCAUGGCUGUUGGCAGUUUGUGACAAUUAAUAGGUAUUUAAAAGUAAUGCACACAGUGGUAGUAAUGCGAUCAAAUUAACUGAAAUUUGUAGUACAGUUGAAGACCAUUUGUUCCAUCCAGCCUAAUUCUUGAUCUAUAAACCUUAGAGAUUUCAGUGAUUGAACUGCAUAUCUAAGUAUUUUUUAAAUGUUAUGUUCUCAAACCACCUUUUUAAGACACUUCCUGAUCAAUCUCUUGAUGAAAUCAUUUCUCUUCAAUUUUAUUUUUGAAUAACUCAUGAGACAUGGGCAUUGCUGGCUGGACCAGAAUUUAGUGCCUGUCCUUAGUUGCCCAUGAGAAGGUGGUGAGCUGCCUCCUUGAAGUCCUUGUGUCUGUGAAGAAUUCUGUCUAAACCUUGCAUCUCAUAAUAAAUCUAACCCUCCCCAGAAUAUGGACUUGUCAACAAAAGGGAAUAGGUCUUUCCUAACCACUGUAUCCAGGUUCUUCGUAAUUUUAUGCUCUGUAAGUAGGUCUCUCUUUGGCCACCUCUUUUCCAAAGGAAACAACUCUCGCCAAUCCAAUCUUCCCUCAUAACUAAAAUUCUCCAAACCAGGCAAUAUCCUUGCGUAUUUUCUUUAUACCCUUUUGAAUGCAAUCAUAUUUUUCUUCUGAUGUGGUGUCAAGAACAGCAUGACGUACCCCAGCUGUGGCUUAAACCUGCAUUUUGUACUGUUACUGUAUGGCCUCUCAGUUAAUCACCUUGGUCUACAUGUCCAGCCACCUUCAGAGCUCUGUGGAUAUGCUGUCAUAAAUUCUUCUGUUCCUGUAUACUUCAACAACAAGUACUUAUUCUUGUUGGUAUUUUGGCAUUUAUUGUAAAUUCCUUUGCCUUAUCUUCCAGGUGCAUUAUCUUAAUUCUCUGAAUGGAAUUCAGCUGGUCCCUAUUCUGCCUGACUGACCAAUCCAUUGAUAUUUCAGCCUAUUGCAGAGGACCCCCAGUGAGGUCAUUAGCUGACAUCAACACUUGAAUUCUGAGGCAGUAACGGCCACUCUGGUGCUUGGACCAAGUUGUAAUAGCUGUGUUUCCUCUGGAACAUGCCUCUGUGCCUUCAAUUAUUACUGAGGGAUGGCACCAAUUUUCAAAGGAGCCAUAAUGGGGGAAAACGUUUGGCAAGUGCUGAGUUGCAAUCUCAUAAUCAACCCAGAUUUACUACAAACCUGUUUUUGCAUCAUCAGGAAGCACGUUAGUCCAGUGCUAUAUUUAAGUCUUAAAUCAUUGUUAUAAAGUAUGAACACCAAAAGAUUCAGUGCUGAGUCAUAUGGAAUUCAGCGGAAGCCAUGUUCAGUUUCUCAAAUAUGAACCAACUCAAUACUCUUUCCUUCCUAACUUUAAGCCAGUUUUGAAUCUAAUUUACCUCUUUCCCAUGUGCUUUUGUUGUCUGUUAGUACCACCUCAUCAAAAACCUUACUAAAAUCCAAACAGGUUGCACCAAAUGGCUACCCUAACUAAUCCUCCUUGUUGCCUUCUCAACAAAUUCAACCAUGUUAGUCAGAAAUGACCUUUCCUUCACAAAUGUCUUUUAAUUUUGUCCUUCCAAAUUAAUUUAUCCUGUUCCUCAGAAUUUUUUUCAAUCGGUUUCCCACCACCAGGGUUAGGCUGAUUGACCUGUAAUAAUUCAGUUGACUCUUUCUCCCUUUUUAUGCAGAGGUACAACAUUAUCGGUCUCCUAGCACUUCGCUUGGAGCCAGAGGGUACUAGAAAUUGAAGGCAUCAGUCUCCACUAUAUCUCGUCUGGCUUCCAUAGCAGCCAGGGACACAUUACAUCUGGAUUGAUGUAUCAGUCACAAUGUUAACGUUAUUUAAACUUGACACUCCUCCCUGACUGCAUUGUGUGUGUCAUCCCUUUCUUUUGUGAAACAAAUGCAAAAUAUUGAUUAAGAAUAAUACUAACAUAUUACUUCUUUCUUAAGAGAAUGUACUAACUCUGAAUCUCACAUUUUUCUUAGUCAUCUUAUCUAACACCUUUCAAGUAAUUGUUUUCAUUCCAAUUUAACUCAAUCACUGUAGAGUAAAAUUAGCUUUAUGAAUGAGGAAAUUUUAUUUCUGAUCUUCCUUUAUUCUUUUCUGUGAGUAUCCUAAUUUUAACUCUGUUUUACUGAUAUGAUCCCCAAUUCAUACUCCUGCUAUCUAUCCAGUUUCAUUCUGUAAGACUAAGUCCAUAAACUCUCCCUCUCACUUGCUACAUGCAGCAAGUUCUACUGAAAUAGUUCUGAAUACAUUUUUUUAAAAACUUCACCCCCUGUACCUUUCACAGUAAUUCUAUCCUAGUUAAUUUUGAAAUCUUCUAUUAUUACUUCUGUUAUUUGCAAUUUUCAAAUUUGCUACAUAUUUACAACUCUGUCUCCCUCUCGAAUGUUUGCUGGUGUGGAGUGCACUCCCAUAGUAUGAUGUAUUUUCAUUCAACCCAUAUGCUCUCAUUUGAUGAUCCUUUUACCAUAUUCUUCUCUCGGUUGGUUACUUCUUGAGUCAAUUUUACGACGUUUUCCUCUUAAUCCUCUAUAUUUUAUCUGAAAACUGUAACCAGGAGUGUUGAGCUGCCACUCCUGUCUCUCUUUUAGCCAUGUCUUAAUAAAAGCUAUGAUAUCAUAUUCCUACAUUUCAAUAUGUGCUCUCCUCUCAUCUGCCUUACUCUUUGGACAUCUUGCAUUGAAAUACAUCUAUAUUUAGUAAUGUCAAGCUGCUUUGCAUACUAUUUUCUAGACUUGGUUUACUUUGCCUUUCAAACAUGCAUACAAAUCUUCUGCUUUCCAUUCCCAGCUUGUACUCUUUCCUUUCUCAAUCUGCUGUUGGGUUCCCAUCUCUCUGCUAAAUUGGUUGAAUCCCUUCCCAGCAUCACUAAUAAAAUCUUCAGUGAGGAAAUUGUUCCCAGCAUUGUUGACAUGCAGUCAGUCAGACUUGUACAGUCCCUACUCCAUCGCCCCAGAAAUCUAAAGUUGUCCUUCCUGCACCAGUUCUCUCGUCAUGUAUUCAUCAGCUCUAUAUUCUUAUUUCUGUAGUCACCAGCGCAUGCUCCCUGGAGUAAAUUGGAGAUUACUAUCUUUUGAGGUACUAUUUUCAGUUUAUUUUCCAGAAUCUUAACUCUACUUUCAAGACAAACUUUUUUCUACUUUAUCCCUAAAAUUUGUACCUAUGUAUCUUUGUGUCUAAGAUUGUGCCUGGAAUGGUGACUUUGUACAUUUUUCACUGUCCUCCAGUAUACUUGAGUACAUGUGACAAUAAAAUCUAAUCCACCCAUUUUUUUUGUCUGUCUGUCUGCCUCAUUUGUGCCAAUUUGGACUGGGACCUGUGGCUAUUCACUUAGACCGUUCAGCAGCUGCAAUCAUAGAAUCCUUAGUGUGGAAACAGGCCCUUUGCCCCAACAAGUCCACACCAAACCUCGGAGCAUCCCACCCAGACCCAACCCACCUAAUCUACACCCCUUCCCCCCCUCCCCCCCAAAAAAAAUGAGACCCUUGGCCCUGGCAGCAGGGAAGUAACAUGCCUUCCAAAAAUGACACUAGCAACCACAAGAGUGCAGAUCUGUUCACCUCCUUAUCAAAUUUGUGACCUCUUUUACUCCCUUCUCCUCUUUCCCAGUGCAGCUGAAUCAUCUGGGGUAUUGGUUGUUCCUGCACUUCACAGAUGGACCUUUACCCAUUAAUCUUAACAGUCUGAGAUUCCUGCCUUGUCCCCAUUAUCCUUCUGGAAGUCAUCUAUUCCCUCUCUUCGUGCACCUCUUAAAGCUAUAGCAUGACCACCACAUCCAGCAGUAGGCUUUCCAAACAGCUCUAAGCCUCAUGAAUCCCUCACAUUGACUCCUGCUACUGGUCAAUCUUCGAAACUUGGAGCUUGAGCUGCUGUAGCUUGUCAUUCAGGAAUUCAGACUUUCUGCCAUGUGUUUACUUAGAUUAUUGCCCAGAAAGACUUACUAGCUGCCCAUCAAAUUGACUUAUUCCUUGCUGGGGAUGCCACCAAAUCAUAAUGUAAUGGCAAUAUUAUAAAUACCAAUUACAAAGCUUGAGCAGUUUGUAUUUUUCAUCGGAGUUUACACUAAACUGAGGAUAAUUUUAAAAGUCUCUAACUUCGACUGAAUGGCACACUGCUUUGCUAUUUAUAUAAUAAACGUUACCAAUUUUGUAUGCAAGAUGUGUUCUUGUUUCAGGUAUGUAUUGGAUUGGCUAUGCUGCAUCUAUUUGUGCAUCAAAUACAGAUUGUGAAAUCAACAUACUCUUCCCUGUACUUGAAAAAUUGUGAUCUUUGGAUUAGUAUUUCAUUCAUACUUUAUUUUCGGUUUCCUUGUGACUUUGGGAUGAGUUUUCAGUUCCUGUUCCUUUUUUUUCCACAUUCAGAUUGCCACAUUAGUGAGUGUACAAGCUUGUAAUAGUUGGGCAAAUAAUGAUUUUGUACUAUUUUGUAAAUUAAUGAUUGUGAAGAACUAUUACGUUCUGCACCAAAGAAAUAACUUUUUAUUUUAAUAUGUUAAUAAGUGAUUUUUAUUACAAAGUUUAAACAGUUUUGCAUAAUUUUCAACUCUGCUUUCAGACAACCUGGUUGAGAUUUUAUUUAUACUUCUAGCUUUAAAGAUAAAAAUUCUGCCCUCAUUGUACCCAGGUUCCAAGAAUCUGCAUCAGCAGUGUUCAGGAGAUUUAUGUGCCUGCUGCAUGAGACUAUUUUCAUGAUCACAUUGCACCACUGGUCAAGAACUUUCAAUAAUGCUGGUACUUUGCUGUCCUGUGUACUCAAUCUAACUUGCUUGGAUUUUACUUCGGUCCAACAAAUCCUACUAUAUUUGUCUUUAUAAUAAGGUAUCUCUGCAAAUAUGGGUCCACAAUGUAUUUGUCAGUUCUUUUGCCAUAAUUAUUUAUUAGAGCCUAAA